AAAGAGGAGGUGUAUGCCUUCUGUUCUUCCAUCGUCCAAUCCUCCGGAAUGGGCAAGUCGAGGCUAGUGGCAAAAAUGGGCGAAGAACAUGUGGUGAUUCCAUGCUGCCUUCGAAAGGCAAAAACCGGGUAUCCACCACCGGACCAUCAAGCUCGAGAUUUUCUUACAAAAAUGACCAAGAAAAAUGACGAUUAUAACUUGCGUGUGCAAGCAUUUCUUAUGGCAUUAUUCCUCAACCUCCAUCAAAUUUUGGCAGCACAAUAUGAUGCAACCUCUCCAGGAGAAAACGCGAUCGCAACAUUCGUGUGUAGACUAUUUGAAGAGGGCGGCUCAGAAAUGGACCACGGUGACGAGCGUAAAGGCUUCUAUGAAAAAGUAGUGAACUUAGCGGAGGAUAUCCUUGAAAAAGGCGAAGAGAAACACGUGGAAGCUCAGGUCAGGGCCGCUCCAAAUGCCACGAGCCCUAAGAGGAUAACGAAGACACUACCAGACACAAUAACCAUCAUACAGGAUGCCCAACUUCUCUCUGCAAAGGAUUUGCCUCAAAUCACUGUCAAUCUCCUCGAUUACCUUUCCAAAUUGUUUGGGAAACAGGAAAAGGGCCCUUUACUAGUUCUCUCCUGGGACGAAGCCCAUGUGCUUACCAGGAGAAGGUUUGGAACCCGUCAACAGUCAUCACAAUGGACAUAUUUCAACGAAUUCCGUCGAGUACUUCGAGAUUGUGACCGGAGCGGGAGAUUAUUCUCCCUGUUUCUCUCUACAACUGGGAAGAUAGAUCAAUUCUCUCCCAACUCGAGAGAUGACCCAUCUGCAAGAAUUGGGGAACGAGUGCUAAAAGUGCCAUAUCCUUUUAUCAAUCUUGGAUUCGAUCAAUUUGCACGGGGUCAGGUACAACCGAACAAAGGUUUUAAACUUUCAGAGGCUGUAAAACCGGAGUGGAUUGUGAAAUUUGGUCGGCCCCUAUGGUCCACUCGAUAUCAGUAUGGCAACAAACGUGUGCGAGACUGCAUAUUUGACUUCGCCAUGAUAAAGCUACUUAACACGCAACAUAUCAACAAGGAUUUUCGACCAACCCGGCAAGACAUAUUAGCGAUCAUGGGUCUUAGAUUGGGCCUUAAACUGGAUGCACAAAACAGACCUGAUGCAGAUGUUGCGAAACAACUUGUAGAACGUCACAUGCGUGUCGUCAUGCAGGUGACAGCAGACUCAAACACGAUCAAAACACUUGCACCUUCUGAGCCUGUUCUUGCAGAGGCAUCGAUUCGAGCGAUGAGGGUGUUAGGAGACAAGUUCCGACCAGCAGAAGCCCUUCAUCAAGUCCUUGGGGACUCACUACACGCAAAAGGGGAGAGAGGAGAGUUUAUUGCUGCUCUUUUGCUAUUAUUGGCGAGAGAUGAGGUGGCAAAGGAGACGAAAUCAGCCAAGAUCCGGGUGACAGAUUUUCUGGUUAAGUUGUUAGGUGAAGGGGUGCUUGAAUUCCUCCCUAACGCUUCUAGAAACUCCACAAAUCUGAAAGCCGCGUUCAAGGAUGCAUACGUCCACUUCACACACACA